GUCCGUGUCAGCCGGCACCCACCCAGCCAUCCCAUGUAUUUUUACACAACCCGCCCACCUACACAUCAAUCAACGAACGCAGCCUCGCCCAACCAAUGAGUGUCCAUAUCAACGGACGCCCAGCCGUCCAUUAAUUCGCAUGCGCGUACACACAAUCGGCACACACGCAGAGCCGCCAGUCACACACAGCCGCUCUGGGGUACACACGGGGAAUGGAAGAAAGGCAGACAGACAGCCAGGCAGCAGUGGAUCUACUUACAAAGAAAACACACGACAGACAUUGGAUGGCUCCUAUCAAUUGGCUAAAUGGCCGGCCAUCAAAGGAAAGCACAUUAUAUAUCCACUGAGAUAGAGCACAAAUGUUAAGCAUGGGCAGUGAUGAACAGCCUCACAUGUGCACACCAGACCAUGCACGACAAACACCAGGCGAAAGCCAGACUCACACCCAUUAACACACCAUUCACCCACCAUUCACACACACGGCAGCACGAUCAGUAGAGGGGCUCUCUUUUUCUCUCUCGUGUGUGUGAGUGUGUGUGCGUUAUGGAUGAUAUUAUAGAGUACGUGGAUCCAUCCACUCACCGCCCACCCACUCCGUUCACUUGAGCGAGUCAGUCGAGCCGUUGUCUGUCUGUCUGUCUCUCUUGUCGGUUAGUCCGUCCACUCACACACAUCCCAGGCCACACACACCACCCCUCCCCCUCCCAGCACUAGUUAUCCACUAGUUAUCCCAUCACUGCCCCUCUCCUCAAGCUCAGUCAAAGAGCGGCCAAAGGUCAGAGCGGCAAUGGGGCAACUAGUGCUGGCAGAGGUGGGGUGGUGUGCGGUCGAAUUGCACAGCCAGCCAAACAAAAACUCAACGAACGCAGCCUGGCCUCGCCCAACCAACGAGUGUCCACAUAUAUCCACACAUACAUACCCGCUCAAACGCAGCCAGCCGUCCAUUAAUGCGCAUGUACGUACGUACAACACACGAUCGGCACACACGCAGAGCCGCCAUUCACACAGAGAGGCACUCUGGGGCACACACGGGGAGAGGAAGAAAGGCAGACAGACAGCCAGCCAGGCAGGUGUGUGUAUAUCUACUAGGAGUGUGCGUGUGUGGGUGGGUGGGCGGGAAGCCUCUGUCUCUCUGUCCGCUGUUUGUCUGUCUGUUCUGCCCCCCAACAAAACACACGACAUUAGAUGGCUCCUAUCAAUUGGCUAAAUGGCCGGCCAUCAAAGGAAAGCACAUUAUGUAUUCACUGAGAUAGAGCACAACAUCAAGCAUGAGCAGCACAGCCUCACAUGUGCACACCAGACCAUGAACGAUAACACCAAAGCCAGACCGACGCCCAUUCACACACACACACCGCAGCAGAACACCUCGGGUACGUGGGCUAUCUGUCUCUAUCGUGUCGGGGCGGGAUUGACACUUGGCGCGCCCCUCCUUAUAGUGCGUACCACCUGGCUGAUGAAUGACGGAUCGUCCAUCCAUCCAUCCGUCCAUCCAUCCACCACCCACCACAUCUAUCUGCCGGAUACUGUACACUCUCCCGGUCUCCCACCUUUCCACCACUCGACCAACACUCAAGCUAUACAAUUGCGUGUGUGCAUGGAUGUCAUCCAUCCUCCCGGCCCCGUGUUCCCAUCCAUCCAUCGCAUCCAUCAGCCACACACACACCCCAGCCAUGAUGACUUGGCUGUCUACUUCCGGCGCUUUAGUCGCCCGUUCUCGUCACGGGUCCACUCAACACCAGCAGCACUAGCCCCAGCACCACGGGCAGCCUCCCGUCGGGCCCUCUUGGGCGGUGAUGGACGGCCGUCCUGGCGAUCUCCAUCUAUGGUGGCGGCCGGCUCUCGGUGUCGGCGCUUGCGGCGGGCAGCCAGUGGCACAUCGUCAUCGAUGUCGCCGUCAGGCUGCUGCAAUAUGGGCGGAGGGAAGCUGAAGACAGACAGACAGACAGACAGAGAGAGUCGUUUGGCUCAAUGUCUGUGUGCCUGUCUCGGCGUGUGGGUGCGUGAGGUACAUUACUCACCCGGCGACUUCGCCGCCAUCUGGUGAUGGCACCAGGACGUCUUCAGCAACUCCUGCUGCAGCUGCUGCCGCUGCUGCAGGGCCUUCUAGGUCUGCAUGGAUAAGCAAACACCACAACACAUCACACGGAGAGAUUAGGGGAUGCAUGCAUAGCUCGAGGUUUUGGAUGGUCUGUCCGUCCGCUCACCAAUAUCCAUCCCAUCGCCACGAUCUCCCCAGUCGACACGACGACCACCACCGGCACCACACGCGGCCAUAGCCCUCUCCCGCCCGUCGGCACACUCACGCGGAUCGUCAUUGUCGUCCCUUGCGUCGUCGGCUGUGGCUUUGCGCUUCUUGGUGAAGGCCGCCUCGCGGGCGAGGUCGUCCUCCUGCUCAUCGUCAUCGUCAUCGUCGAGUAAACCACGCCGACGCCGCAACUUGGCUGCACGCGGACACACCGCACACAGACAGAGAAGGACAGUGCAAAUGAAUGUCAGCACCCCGGCGUACAUUUUCCUUUCCCUCAAUCCCCCCACCCCUGCCCCCUUCCCCCUCUCCCGGCUUACAUUUCGAUCCGAGCCGUCUGGGCAGUAUGUCCUCCUCCGAUUCAUCAUCAUCACACUUCAUCGACUCGUCCUUGCCCAUCCCACCACCACCACCAGCCGCCGCGGCCGCUGCAGCAGCGGGCUCACUGCGGGCAUCUCCAUCCCCCUCCGCCUCCUGGUCCUCUGCGUCGUGAGGGUCGUCUGCCAGCGAUUUGGGUCGGGCAGCGUCGUCGUCAAUGAGCAUCCUCUCGCGCGGCCUGUGUCCGCCACCCACACUCGCUGCUGCAGCUGCAGGGGCCGCUUCCUCGCGGAGUCCCUGGGCGCGCCCGCCGCCGCCACGCCCAGCUUCCUGACGCCGGCGAGUGCGAACGUCAUGACUCUCACGCCUCACCUUCGCCCCAUUCUCCCUUAGGUCUCCGUACACUGAAGGCCUAAGCCCUUGGCCUUUAUGGUGUGCGGAUGUACACAUAUAUACCCAAUAUACUCACCAGGGCCCAUGGCAAGGAGUACGGCCUCAAACGCCCAUUUGAACAGAUGCUGCACCGCCUCGCCCCCAGCUGCCCUGGUACUGCCCUCCAGCACUAGCUCCAGCAUGAUCUCCUCCCAACGCUCUGUCAGCUUGGCCUUGUGUGGGCUGUCGUCUGGCAGCUCGCUGAGCCAUCUACUGACCAGCUGCAGCUGCUGGUCCCUCCCCAUGGCCCCCGCCAGCUGCCCUCCCAGCCUGUGAACGUCAGCCAGCCCCCCCUCGUCGCGCCCCGGUGGACGCGCUUCUGGCUGCGGGAUGCAGGGGGGGAGGCGGCUCGGCCGCCGGUCGCUCUUCUGCUGCGAGGUCUCCUUGGCCGCGAGUUGUUCCUGAUGCGCCGGUAUGACAGCCUCACGAGAGUCGAAGCAAGGCCCCGUGUACGGCUUGGGGGUGGCGCGAUGCGAUGGUCGGGGUGUACGGCUUGGGGGAGCGCCAUGAGGCGCGAGUGGUGGCCGAGGGUGCUGCCUGCCCUCUUGCGGACCACCUGAGCACAAACAAGGUGAACGAUCCCAUUGAAUGCACAUUUGUUUCAUGCCUCCCCUGGCUGCCUGCACAAUUAUGCCUGCAUGCCUGCCUAUUCCCCAGCGGCACCAUCGCACUUACGUCCUCUGGUGGUGCCGCUGUUGUGCGCUUCGCGUGCGCGUACGUCUUGGCUGUCUCUCGACAGGCGCUUCUCCCCCUCCUCCUCCGUACCGAGGAGAGUGUCCCUCCGCUUGAGCAUCAUUAUCAAUCGCUCACUGGCUCAGCAUGCGUCGCUGGCGGUUGCGGCUGUCACACGCGAUACCACAUGGCGAAAUUGUCGC